UUUCAUUAAUGCAUUUCUAACUGUAACUUCCAUCUCUCCUGUUUUUUUGGCUAAUUUCCUUUGAAUAUUGCUUCUACUUAGCAGGGAGCCGUAAGAAUGAGUGGAGGAAAUUCCGCAGACAAAAAAGCGAUUGCUGAUGAUCUUCGACAAAAUGCGAUUGAAGAUGAAAAUCGGCGACGAAGACAGAUUGAAGCAUUUCAAGCAAUCGAAGAUAGACAAAAAAAUGCGUCUGCUGAAAUUAGACUAAAGCAAAUGGAAUCAGUUGUGGCCAUUCAAAAGCAACAGGAUGAAGCUAGAAAUAGAAUGUUGGAGCAAAACCAGAAAAUUUUAACAGAGAGUAGGACUCGCGAGGAUUCAAUUCGGGCUCAACAAGAGCAAAAUGAAAGAGACACAAUUUCACAUGAAAAUGAUUUGAUUGAUAGACAGAGAACUGUGAAUCUAUCAGAAAUUACGAAACGAUUUACGAACCAUCAGAAUUUAAUGACGCGGGAACAGGGAAGACUUGCUGAAACUGAAAUCAGAAAUGAGAAAAAUUUGGUGGAUAUGAAGAAUCAGCUCGCAGAAACUCAAGACAAUCUGAACGAGGAUAAAAAGGCAUAUCAUGAAGAGAAGAUUCAAAAAUCUGCAGAAAAUGCUUCUCAAUUAGAAGUUCUUGUUUCUGAAACAAAUGAAUUAAUCAUCCAAAAAGACAAAAAUGUACUUUUACAAAAGGAAACACUCAUGCGAAUUGAGAAAAACGCCAUCGAAAAUAAAGGAAAAGUUCUCAUUGCUCGUGGUGAUGAUGACAAUGAACAAAAUUUCAUUGAUGCAGUGAAUUCAAUAAGACAAAAAGGAUAUGCUGUUUCUGAUAUUAUUUCUCGUUUGGGAGAACAUGCUUAUUGUCUUCAUAAAGGACAUUCGGUUCAUUCGGUGAAGAAUGAUGUUUUCAAGUGUAGUAAAGCGUUGGGCCAAGCAAAGUUGAAGCUUGGCCAAUUGAGGGACGAUGUCAAUCACUUAUUGGGUCACCAGGAAUCUCGAAACUCAGGAGUUCCUGUUUGUCAUGACGCAGCGCGGCAAAUUGAAGAAGCUAUAAAAGAACUGGAAACUUCUUUGAACAAGUUCAAAGGGUCUUUAAACGGAAAAAAUUCUAUUGAGCUGUACGAGAAUGUUCUGGAGAAAAAUAAGAAUCUCACUGGCAAAAUACACGGUCUUCCAUCACUUGUGAAGAGCAAUUACACAUUGAAUGCCAUUCAAAACGGUUUUCAAAGUAUUUGUGCUGUUAAUGGUAAUCACGUUGCCAGUCUUGAGCAGACAACGACUCUGGCUCUUCAGGAAAAGAAGCACGGGAACAGGGAAACGUCAGAACAUUGCCCUGAUGAUCCGAAGAAUUGAUUGUCUCAUGAAUGCGUUUUAUUUUCCUAUUUUAAAACAUUGUAUAAGAACUACCUCCUGAUAAUAUGUUGAAAUUUUCUGAUCCAAUGGGUUAUCCGACUUUGAACCAAUUUUAUAAAACUAUUGUAUUUAUCUUGGUAAAAAACUUC